UAAAGUUGUAAAACGUGGCAUUCUUCGUUGCGUUCUGGUUUGAAUACUUGCUUAUCAAAUAUUCGAUAGCUUAUUGAAACCAUGAGUUUUGCCAAUUCUGCGCAAUUUUUAGGAGUGAUCUUGCUGUUGAGCGGGGUCAGGGGUCAAGAAUCGGCAGAAUUCGAUUGUACUUCGAAACCUAGUGGUCUCUACCCGAAUCCAGCGUCGUGCACUAACUUUUACAAAUGUUCAAAUGGAUAUGCUUACCUAUACGCGUGUCCAGCAAAUUUACAUUUCAACCCGAGAAUUAAGAUUUGCGAUUAUCCUGCAAAUGCGGGCUGCACUUCCGGCCCUCCGACAACCCCUCCACCUCCGCCAACAACCACGACAGCUCCGGCACCACACCCCGACUUCGACUGCUUCGGACUUCCGAACGGUUUGUAUCCCAAUGUGAACGAUUGUGAGUCUUACUUCCGGUGCGUAGGGGGCUUCAGCUACUUGUACGAUUGUCCGGGGGAGCUUCAUUUUAACCCGAAUAUUAAAAUUUGCGACCAACCCGGUAAUGCCGGCUGCGCUCCGACAACGCGACCUCCAACAACGACACAACGCACGACGACAACGUUGGGACCGUCGCCAGAUUUUAAUUGUACGGGACGACCAAAUACGCUCUUUCCGAAUGAUAAGGAUUGCGGAAGUUUUUAUCGAUGUAUGACUGGGGUCGCGUAUCUUUAUCCCUGUCCGACCGGGUUGCACUUUAGCCCGACAAAAUUUAUUUGUGACUGGCCUUUCACCGCGGGAUGCCAGAAUGAAGUUAUUACGACGACGGAAACACCUACGACAACGACAACGACACGCGGCCCAUCGCCUGACUUUAACUGCACGAAUCGGCCGAAUGUCCUUUAUCCGAAUCCCUUCGCGUGCACCAGUUUCUAUCAGUGUUCAAACGGGUACGCGUAUCUGCACCAUUGUCCUGCAGAUUUGCAUUUCAAUCCGAGAAUAUCGGUUUGCGACUAUCCGAAUGUUGCGGGUUGCAAUGCCACGGAGAUCAGCACGACAACGCUAGCGACGACAGAAGCCCCCACGACUACCGAAGCCCCCACGACGACCGAAGCCCCCACGACGACCGAAGCCCCCACGACGACCGAAGCCCCCACGACGACCGAAGCCCCCACGACGACCGAAGCCCCCACGACGACCGAAGCCCCCACGACGACCGAAGCCCCCACGACGACCGAAGCCCCCACGACGACCGAAGCCCCCACGACGACCGAAGCCCCCACGACGACCGAAGCCCCCACGACGACCGAAGCCCCCACGACGACCGAAGCCCCCACGACGACCGAAGCCCCCACGACGACCGAAGCCCCCACGACGACCGAAGCCCCCACGACGACCGAAGCCCCCACGACGACCGAAGCCCCCACGACGACCGAAGCCCCCACGACGACCGAAGCCCCCACGACGACCGAAGCCCCCACGACGACCGAAGCCCCCACGACGACCGAAGCCCCCACGACUACCGAAGCCCCCACGACGACCGAAGCCCCCACGACUACCGAAGCGCCCACAACGACAGAUGAUCCGACGACAACGCUACCUCCACCAACGGACGCCUUCAAUUGUACCGGAAAGGAAAAUGGCCUCUACCCAAACCCAUCCAACUGCACUACCUACUUUAAGUGCUCUAAUGAGUUGGCAUACUUGUACGACUGUCCUGCCAAUCUCCAUUUCAAUCCAGUCGAUUUGAUCUGUGAUUAUCCUGAGCUGGCCGGAUGCAUGCAAACAUCAUCCACAACUGGAGAAAUUUCAACUACGGAGGAACCAACUACAACUCAAACCCCAACUACGACUGAGGAACAAACUACAACCAAUUUACCAACAACGCCUCAGGAACCAAGUACUACGGAAGAUAUCACAACGACAGAGGAAGGAACCACUAGCGGCGAAUCUACGACGGAGGAACCAAGCACGUCGCUGCCCCCGCCAACAGACUCCUUCAAUUGUACCGGAAAGGAAAAUGGCCUCUACCCAAAUCCAUCCAACUGCACUACCUUCUUUAAGUGCUCUAAUGAGUUGGCAUACUUGUACGACUGUCCUGCCAAUCUCCAUUUCAAUCCAGUCGAUUUGAUCUGUGAUUAUCCUGAGCUGGCUGGAUGUAUGGUUGAAGUUUCAACUACUGAGAAUCCAACUACAACUGAGGAACCAACUACCACUGAGGAAGAACCGAUUACCACUGAAGAACCAACUACAACCGAGGAACCAAUUACCACUGAGGAACCAACUACAGCUGAAGAACCAAUUACCACUGAGGAACCAACUACAACCGAGGAACCAAUUACCACUGAGGAACCAACUACAGCUGAAGAACCAACUACCACUGAGGAACCAACUACAACUGAGGAACCAGUUACAACUGAGGAACCAACUACAGCUGAAGACCCAACUACAACUGAGGAACCAACUACCACUGAGGAGGAACCGAUUACCACUGAGGAACCAACUACCACUGAGGAGGAACCGAUUACCACUGAGGAACCAAUUACAACUGAGGAACCGACUACCACGACCGAAGACAAUUCGACAACAACUGAAGAAAUUUCGACAACAACCGAAGUCAUUCCUUCUACCACCGAAUUUAUCAAUACCACUGAAACCCUUCCUCCUCCAGAAACAACGACAGAAUUCAAUUCGACCGACUAUCCGACUACGACAGAAUUCUUCAAUUCGACCGACUAUUCGACCACGACAGAAUUCUUCAAUUCGACCGACUAUCCGACUACGACAGAAUUCUUCAAUUCAACCGACUAUCCGACAACACCAGAACCCACGCCAUUCUGCUGGGGACAACCCUGUGGGACAUAUCCCGACCCUUCCUCCUGUUCCGGUUUCAUCCUUUGCACGGAAAAUGGAAACACAUACCACACAUGCCCAGAACCUCUCGUCUUCAACCCGUCAAUUCUAACCUGCGACCUUCCCGAGCGGGUACCCUCCUGCUUCUCGUGCAAUGGUCGAGCGAACGGAUUACAUCAAAAUGUCAACGACUGUCGCACCUUUUUCAUGUGCUCGCGUGGUAACGCGUACCUCUUCGAUUGUCCAGAUAAUCUCGUGUAUCGACCGGACGAGCUUUUCUGCGACUAUGAGUGGAACGCUGGGUAUUAUUGCGCCAACACCAACAUGACGACGACAACGGAGCAGACUACUAUCCCUUACUGGACCCUUAAACAUGAUGCUAAUGCUGUCGUCGUUUAAUUAAAGUAAUUAUUUUUAAAUGUUUCGUCUUAUUUAAUCGAUAUACUAAUAAAUUUCAUCACCACCUCAAAA